AUGUCUUCCACAUUCCUGCCUGGAACCAAGCUUGAGAAGGGUCAUGCGCAGUAUGGCCAGGGACGAGGGCAUGAAGAGCAGUUCGUUCAGAAGUACUAUGGCGUGAUCUCGCUUUUUGUGCUCCUUCUGCUUUGCCUGCAGAAUCUUCUGGUUUUCACUGGGGUGCUGACGUGGGUACCCAUGAUCGUGAACUUGAUGUGGAUUGGGUAUGCGUGCAAGUUCGGGUCGGGAAUGAAGGCCUGCCACUGGGUGCUUUUCCUUCUCUUCGGGAUCAUGGCCAUACCCUGUGUUCCCGCUGGCUCCAUCUUCCCGCAGCUUGACAGAAGGACCAUCAAGGUUUGGGUCGUCGACGAGUCGAACGAGGCAGCGCCGGACCCCGAAAAGGGGGAGCCGGCUGCACCCGCUGCCGUUGCUCCGGCGGUUGCUCCGGUGGCUCCAGUGGUUGCCAUUGCGCCUGCGCCGGAACAGAUUCCAGCAGUCACGCCGGCUCCCACCCCAUCACCCGAGGCAAGCAAGUUCUGCACCAGCUGCGGUGCAUCGAUGGCU